AUGAGAGAAAUAAAACUUAGAAUAAACCUACUACUUGGACUUAUUUUUGCUGCAGUUGCGCACUCUACUCAGAAAAAACUUGAUUGCCCACAACUGUGCACAUGUGAAGUUCGACCAUGGUUUACGCCAAAAUCCAUUUACAUUGAAGCCCUUACAGUGGAUUGCAAUGCAUUAAAUCUUAACAGCAUCCCAGAGAGGUUACCUGCAAAUACACAGAUCUUACUUUUACAAGCAAACAACAUUGAAGAAGUUAAGGAUGCAGAUCAUUUUCCAGUAAAUCUUACAGGGCUGGAUUUAUCCCAGAACAAUCUGUCCUCCAUGAUCAAUAUCAAUUUCACAAAUGCCCAUCAGAUACUUUCUGUGUACCUUGAAGAAAAUAAGUUAGUAGAACUGACUGAGGAUUGCUUUUCUGGGCUGCAAAAUUUACAAGAGCUCUACAUUAACCAUAAUCUAAUAUCCACAAUUUCACCAAAUGCAUUUGUUGGGGUGGGCAAUUUACUCAGACUACACCUUAAUUCAAAUAGAUUGCAGGUGGUUCAGAGACAAUGGUUUGAAGCUAUGCCACGUCUAGAGAUCCUUAUGAUUGGUGAAAAUCCAAUAGUCAAAAUGGAAGAUUUGAACUUUAAGCCUCUUAUCAAUUUGCGCAGCUUGGUUUUAGCAGGAAUAAAUCUCACAGAAAUUCCUGAUAAUGUUUUUACAGGUCUUGAAAAUUUGGAAAGCAUUUCUUUUUAUGACAACAGAUUUAUUAAUGUCCCCUCAAUUGCUCUUCAGAAGGUUCUGAAUCUUAAAUUUUUGGAUCUGAAUAAAAAUCCCAUUAGGAGGAUACAAAGGGGAGAUUUUAGCAAUAUGUUACACUUGAAGGAGCUAGGCAUUAAUAACAUGCCUGAUCUAGUUUCAAUAGAUAGUCUAGCCAUUGAGAACUUGCCUGAACUCAGAAAAAUAGAGGCAACGAAUAAUCCCAAAUUAGCAUACAUUCACCCCAAUGCUUUCUACAGACUCCCUAAGCUGGAAACCCUUAUGCUCAACAGCAAUUCCCUUAGUGCCCUUUAUCAGAGUACUAUAGAAGCCUUGCCUAACCUUAAGGAAAUAAGCAUACACAGCAACCCUAUCAGAUGUGACUGUGUAAAUCGCUGGAUAAACAUGAAUAAAACCAAUAUACGAUUUAUGGAAACUGAUUCCUUAUUUUGUGUUGAUCCUCCUGAAUUCCAUGGACAAAACGUCAGGUAUAUACAUUUUAGGGAAAUGAUGGAAAUAUGUUUACCAUUAAUUGCUCCUCAAAGCUUUCCAUCAGAUUUGGAUAUGAAGACUGGUAGUUCAGUGUCACUACACUGUAGAGCAACAGCAGAACCUGAGCCAGAAAUUUACUGGAUUACACCUUCAGGCUCUAAACUUCAACCAAAUACUGUUUCUGGGCAAUUUUAUGUUAAUUCUGAAGGUACCUUGGAAAUUAAUAAUAUAAGCAUCCUAGAAGCUGGACUAUAUACAUGUGUAGCUAAAAACCUAGUUGGUGCGGAUUUAAAAACAAUUAUUGUCACGGUGGACGGUUCUUUGCCAGAAGAGGUCAAUGAAUCUAUCAAUAUCGAUAUUAAGGAAGUUCAGACCAAUUCUAUCAUGGUUUCUUGGAAAUCAACAUCAAAGAUUUUUAAAUCCAGUGUACAGUGGACUGCCUUCAUGAAUGCACAAUCCACCAAAAUUGCACAGAACGUUCGGAUGCCAUCAGAUAUAAAACAAUACAAUUUAACACGCCUCAGUCCACUCACAGAGUACACCAUUUGCAUUGAUGUACCAACUAUCUAUGAACAAAUUGAAAAGCAGUGCAUAAAUGUCACCACUAAAGGACCAGACACCAUGUCUAAACAUAAUGAAACCUUUAAUUCUUCUGCAAUGAUUAUCAUCUUGGGAGGUCUGUUUGGAAUCAUUAGUGUUUCAUACUUUUUCAACUAUAUAUCUUUACAUUUGAGAGGAAACACUGAUCAAAAAUAUUCCAGGAAUCUUCUACAGACACCAACAUUUGCUUAUAAUGACCUAUAUCCUCCUUUGUUGAGUCUUUGGAAUGUCGGCAAAGAAAGCACAACUCUUGAGGUCAAAUCUACAGUUAUACAAGUACCAAGUCUCAUCCCAUAA